GUUCUGCUGUCAUACUUGUAACAGCUAGUCUCAUUUUUUGUUUGCUUUAGUCAAAAAAAUUGUACUUAGCUGGCUGGCUUCUAAGCUCCAAGUAAUGUCCUUCUGGUACGGGGCUUUCUCAGGUAACCGGUCUGUCACAGCCCUAAGCUUCCUUGCAAAUUGCACGAUGUAAGCAUUAUUCUGCUUUUUAGUUUAACUAAAUUAUUUGAUCUUUCCAGUCGUUGUUCACUGUUUAGCAGUGCAUGCAUCUAUUUCAUAAAUAUCGCCCAAAGCAGUUAAUAAUUAAAAACACACUUUUAUCAAAUUACCUUUUUACGUGGGAUAGGUAGGGUUGCUACUCUUCUAGGAACUAUUCCCGUGAAGGAAGGUGUGCAGGGAGAGAGGAGGUAAGUGCUUGAUGCAGUGCAGAAGUGGGGCCUUUUUCUAGCCCAAUUCUUCUGUUUCUAUUCUGGCAUGGGACUCUGCCCCCCUCCUUUCAGCACUUCAAGCUCUGUCAGCCCCUGUUCCACAAUUGUUUUUGGAGGCUGAAGCCUCUUAUCGUACUGAGGGUAUUUAUCUGACGCUAAAUAAGGGUGGCAGUUAAUAACAAAAUUGAUGAUGUUUCCCUUCUGAAUCCUGCUCGAUACUGUUAUGUGCAUGAAAAAAUGAAAAUUUUUGCAGGUUUAAUAGCUGACAAGUACUCGUGAGCACUACUGAACAUACUAAACAUAUUGUUCAAAUGAUAUAACAGGUAAUGACAGUAAGCAAACAACUCUACAGACUCAUAUGUAGUACCAUUACAGUGAAAAUAUCUUUCUUUUCCAGGAUGUCAUACCCAGGUUACCCCCCUUCAGGCUAUCCUGCUUUCCCUGGUUAUCCUCCAACAGGCCAAGAGUCUGUUUAUCCACCAGCCGGUCAGUACUCCUAUCCCGCUGUUCCCGGAGGAUACCCUCCGGCAGGAGGUGGGGCCUAUCCUGCAGCACCACCAAGUGCUGGGUAUUCAGGGGCAGCAGGAUAUCCGGCCCCUGGGGGUUACCCUGCCCCUGGGGGCUACCCCGGAGUGCCCCAGACUGGAGGAAUGCCAUCUUAUCCUGGAGGCCCUGGGUUUGGUGUGCCUCCCGCCGGCCCUGGCUUUGGUGGCUAUCCUCAGCCUCCUGCCCAAAGCUAUGGUGGAGGUGGACCAGCACAAAUUCCAGUAGGAUAUCCUGGUGGACAAGCGCCAUCGCCAAUGCCUGGCCUGCCUGCAGCAAUGGUUCAGUGUACCCAGGGCACAAUUCAAGCUGCUACGAAUUUUGAUGCUGGAAGGGAUGCAGAAAUUCUGCGCAAAGCGAUGAAAGGGUUUGGAACUGAUGAGCAGGCUAUCAUCGAUGUUGUAGCUAACCGCUCCAAUGAUCAAAGGCAAAAAAUCAAGGCAGCUUUCAAGACUAUGUAUGGCAAGGAUUUAAUUAAAGAUCUGAAGUCUGAGUUAAGUGGAAAUGUGGAAGAACUGAUUCUUGCACUCUUCAUGCCUAGCACCUAUUAUGAUGCCUGGAGUUUACGUCAUGCAAUGAAGGGAGCAGGUACACAGGAGACAGUGCUGAUUGAGAUCCUUUGCACAAGGACAAAUCAGGAAAUUCGAGAAAUAGUGAAGUGCUAUAAAUCAGAAUUUGGAAGGGACCUCGAACAAGACAUCAAAGCAGACACUUCAGGACACUUUGAGCGAUUACUGAUAUCCAUGUGUCAAGGUAAUCGGGAUGAGAAUCAAACUGUGGAUUAUCAAAAAGCUCAGGAAGAUGCUCAGCGUCUGUACCAAGCAGGUGAAGGAAAACUUGGGACUGAUGAGUCUUGCUUUAAUCUGGUUCUGGCAAGCAGAAGUUUUCCUCAGUUGAAAGCAACAGUUGAAGCAUACUCCAAGAUUGCUAAUCGGGAUUUAUUAAGCAGCAUUGACCGAGAAUUUUCUGGAAAUGUGGAACGUGGUUUGAAGGCUAUUUUGCAAUGUGCUUUAAAUCGCCCAGCCUUUUUUGCAGAAAGACUUUAUUACUCUAUGAAAGGAGCUGGCACAGAUGAUUCUACGCUUAUCAGAAUUAUUGUCACUCGCAGUGAGAUUGACCUUGUGCAAAUUAAACAGAUGUUCACACAAAUGUAUCAGAAGACUUUGGCCACAAUGAUAGCAAGUGACACAAGCGGUGAUUACCGGCGUUUGCUGCUGGCAAUUGUUGGUCAAUAGAAGAAUAUUUUCUGGGUUUUUUUGUUUUAUUUUUUAAAACAAACUGAAGGACAUGUAACAUGCUUGAUGCAGAAACUGACUAUCCAUGCGUGUAAAAGAGUAAUUUUAAACUUGGUAUAAUCAAAUAUGCCUUCUUGAUGAUUCAAAAAAGCUUUUUGCACUUACAUUUGCCUUGAUUUACAGCACAUAAUAUUCUCUAUUGUAUAAUAAAAGAUGUAUCUUGUCUAUUAGCCCUA